AUGCGCCAAUCUACCCUUCGAUUUCAGCCGUACCCCCCGGGCAACGAGUCUGGAGGUACAGCUAAGCUCACAUACACUACGUCCUCCGGGCCCCUUUCCUCCACCUCCGGAAAGACAACUACUUCCAAAUAUUUCAAGUCCUCUCAGAAGGAUUCUUCCUCCACAGCUGCUCCUCGUAAAGACAACAGUAAAGAGACUACUAGCAAAUCAGCUAACUCAAAGUCCUGGGCAGACCGACGAGCACAUCUGAAGUCCAUCGCUGAUGGGACACUCGAGGCUAUCGAGCGCGGUUCUUAUGAUCUCAACGGCACUGUGCACUCGAUACAGCCGCAUCUGAAGAACUCGCUGCAGGGAACGAAGUUCUAUGGAGCUGAAUCCGACCUUGCGAGGUGGCAUGCACGAUGGUCGGGGAUUGCAUCGCGGAGGACAGUGAUAUCCGUCCUCGAGGUCUCAACGCUCGAAGCUGCAUGGUCGCUUUCUUCAUCUGCUUCCACCUCUGCGUCGUCUUCAUUAUCCACUCCACCUCGAAGAGUCGGGAUUCUCAACUUCGCUUCCGCCACCAAACCUGGUGGCGGCUUCAUCAACGGAGCUCAGGCUCAGGAAGAAUCCAUCGCACGUUCUUCUGCAAUCUAUCCCUCUCUUAAAUCCCCGAUCGCGCAGUCGUUCUAUCGGAUUCAUUCCUCACCAAAGUCGAAGAAGAGGUUGAGGCCGGGAUUUUAUACCGAUUCGAUGGUUUGGAGUCCAGAGGUCGCGGUGUUCAGGGAUGACGAUGGGGGAUGGUUAGAUGGAGGUGGAUAUACCGUGGAUGUCGUCACUUCUGCGGCGGUCAACGCUGGAGUUGUCAGGCAAAACUCGCAAAUCGACCACGAUGGCGAAGGUGACGAGGUAGACAUUGAGUGGGCGAUGAGGGAGAGGAUGGCGAGGGUAUUGUUCCUCUUCGAGAUCCAGGGUGUGGAUACGAUCGUCUUGGGAUCAUUUGGAACGGGCGUCUUCAGAAAUCGCGUGAAUAUGGUGGCUAGAAUAUGGAAGGAGUUGUUGUGGAAGGGCACUGGGAGGUUUAGAAACAGUUUUGGGAAGGUUGUGUUUGCUGUUCUUGGGAAGGAGACUUUCGAAGAGUUCGGGAGAGUUUUUAGAGAGAAGUAGGACUUUGGAUCUCUAUAUAUCGUUUCAUCUCAUACUAUUCUGUCCUCUUUUACAUGUAUGCAUCUGCACGAACUACGUGGCGUUGUUGGGCCACAUAAC